AUGUCCGACAAUUCCAACGUUAAUGGUGAGAGCAGAGGUUCCCAGGCUGCUGGGGGUGAAGCCGCCCAGCUGAAAGCGGGACAGGCACCUCCUAUCCAACAGCAGGUUGCACAACAACAAGUUCAACAGCACCAUCACCAGCAGCAGAUACACUCUCAGGGUAUGAACAACGGAAGAUCCGGUGGUGCAAUGGUUGGCGCCGUUUCAAUGGGCACGCCUAAUUUCGUUCCAAUGAUGGGAACUCAUUACCCGCCAACUAAUGGAUUACAGCACUUUCCAUAUCAGCAGCAGGCGAUGCAAAUGCAAAUACCGCUUCAGCACGAAAUGAGUGGUGUACCAGUUAAUUUUCAACCUCCACCAUCGAGGCCCAUGUCAAACUUACAUACACCUUCGAAAAUGACUGGAGAUUCUACCCAAGGAAAACAUUCUUCAAGCUCAACGUCUGAAUCUGCAAGAAAGAGAAUGAGAAAAUCCGAUCAUGCUUUCCCAGGUGAAGAUGGUGAUUUGGAGUUGAAAAACUUGGCUGAAAAAGCACUAGAGUUUCCCUUGGAUCAAGUUGCUGAACAAGUUAAGGCGGUAGAGGCCCAGGCUGAUUCCACUGUAUCCACCCCGCUACCUAAUGGUAAGACUCUGCAUGUAAAAUCAGAAGUUACCAGAGAAAGACAAAGACAGGUGUUUGGAAUGACGUGGCUCAUGAGAGCUUGUAAUGCCUCAAAGGAUGCAGUAGUUCCAAGGAAUAGAAUCUAUGCGCGCUACGUUGGUAUAUGUGCAGAGAACAGCCUCAAACCACUCUCCCCAGCUUCUUUUGGCAAAUUGGUGCGAAUUGUGUUUCCUAAAUUGACUACACGUCGUUUGGGUAUGAGAGGUCAAUCAAAGUAUCAUUAUUGUGGCUUGAGUUUGAUAGGUGAUGAAGGUAACUCGGCGCUCACAUCCACAGCUAAUACCCCAUUACAUAACCACAGUGGGUUGGACUCAAGUACCUUCUUACCAGGAACCCCAUAUGGCUCAAACUCUCCUGCAUCUUUACAUUCCCAAGUGUCAACACCACUGUUGUCGAAUAUUACAAACUCAACAUCUGCAACUUCAAUAACAAAUUUCUUGAAUGAACACAUUUCUCCAAGUCUGAAAUUCACUCCAGAUCUAUUGGCAUUGAUGAACGAAAAGACCACAACUUCACUCGAUGGCCCAAUCGAAUUACCUGAUAUCAAACCUUAUUUGCCUCCUGAGACUGAUUUGGAUGUUGCUGACACCCUUUAUGGUCUCUACAAAUCACACUGCACGUCUGUUUUCGAGUCUAUGAGGUAUGUCCAACUGAAGAGAUUGUACUCUCUAUUGUCAAAAUUUGACGGGUCAUUAACUGCACCUGUGUUGAAACUUUACUAUGUUCCUUCGAUGAUGGAUUGGAUCUUGGCAUGUGAUACCAUAAUGUACAAAGCUGUGGUUAAAAUGUUGGCUAAACUGGCUCUACAAGAGAUCCCCGGCCCUGUGCUUCAACAGUUGAAACAGAUCUCACAAAACUAUACAGAAAAAUUGCAUCUUUCGAUGAAAAAGAUGCCACCACAAUUGGUCAAGGCAAGACUUGUACUUUCAAAACAAUUUGCUCAACUUAUGUCUCGUUUGGUGAGAGUGUCAGAGACAGGUCAAUCAGCUAACAAUGUGCUCUCUCACAGUAUUGACAGAAAAUUAAUGUUGGACGACUGGGUCAAAAGUGUCAACGUUGAAGCCAUCGUAUUCAAAGAAUUGCCGUGUAAUGGUGAAAAUCUCAAAAAAGCUGUCGAAACUCUUCAAGUUAAAGUUCCAGAGUUGUUGAAGAAGGACAAAAACGAUCAAGACUCGUUUAUCUUCGAUUGGGGUUUGUUCGUUGCAGGGUUACCUGAAAAUUUUGAAGAUGUUCCACCACGUUUGUUCAUGUUGUGUGCAUCAGCAUUGUUAACCAGUGCGCUACGUGAAAUCUCUCUUGCUGGUGGACCCGGGUUUGGUGGAUGGUGGGUAGUGAGAUGUUGGAUAGAUGAGUGGAUCGGAUGGUGCGCCGAACUUGGUGGAUUCUUAUCUACCCCUGUUGAUGCUCCUCCACUGUUGACUGGAUCCUCUGACCUCCCUGUUUCACACACAUCACUUGUUGCUGAUGGUGAUGCUGUGGGAGCUCAGGAACCACAAGCUGUUGAUUUGCUCGAUGGUCAAUUUGGCGAUUUGUUGACUGAUUCCAACAAGCACGGUGAAGAUGGUGAUUCAAGUAAAUCUUGA